AUUAUUCUUCGAGGACGACAACAACAUCUCUUCUCAGAAUUCAUGACCGAACAUCCUACAAUCGACGCGGAAGUCCUCGAAACGGCGAAAUCGGCCUAUAAAGCGUAUCUGGAGAAGAAUUUGCCGCUUUUAGACCCUGAGCUGCCCCCUGCGAAGUAUCAGGAGGAGGUGGAGAAGGUUUACGCUGUUGUGCUCAACGGCGGACCGCUUCCUGGGAAUGAGAAACCCGGAGAUGAUGAGGCCAAGGUUAAAAUGCACAUCAAGACUGUAUCCUCUGCGGCGAAGGCUAUCGCAGAGGCAGAAAGCUCUGCCGAAAUUUCCAGUGAAACCUUCUACACGAACGCCCAAGACAUUCUCCUUCCGUACCUGGACAAGUUGAAGGGGGCGACUAUUAAUGGGGAUGAUCACUCCAUAUUUACCAAACUGACAAAGAAAUAUGAAGAGCGGUUUAUGAAGGAUGUCCGGGAUUUGAAUGUGCUUGAUCCUGACGAAAUCACCCGGGUCACUGAGUACGGUGAAGAGAUUGCCGAAUUCGUGCAGCGCAUUGUUGAGAACAAAUUCGGCUGGCCGAGUAUCUGGGGCAAAGGGCGACCCGGAUGGCACAUUGAAUGUUCUGCAAUGGCUUCAGCGAAGCUGGGCAGACGGAUGGAUAUCCACUCUGGGGGUAUUGAUCUUGCUUUCCCCCAUCACGAUAAUGAACUGGCCCAGAGUGAAGCCUACUGGGCCGGUAGCCAUGACCAUGACCAUGGCAAUGAACAAUGGGUAAACUACUUCUUCCACAUGGGCCAUCUAUCAAUUCAGGGAUCGAAGAUGUCAAAGUCCUUAAAAAACUUUACGACAAUCCGUGAAGCUCUGGAACGGAAAGACUGGACACCGAGAAGCUUGCGUAUCGUCUUUCUGCUUGGUGGAUGGAGAGAGGGUAUUGAGAUCACGGAGGAGCUCGUGAGUGCCGGAAAUGCAUGGGAGGACAAGGUCAACAACUUCUUCCUUAAAAUGAAAGACCCCUCUACUUUUCAGACCCCGACAUCUGCUACAGAUGAUUCCCUUGCUGCUGCUCUCGAAGAAGCCAAAGAUGCUGUCCAUAAGCAUCUCUGCGAUUCGUUCAACACGCCUGGUGCUAUGUACGCCAUAUCUGAGCUCAUCUCCAAGUAUAACAGUGCAGACAAGUCGACUUUGAACCCUCAACAUGUUGAAGCUGUCGCAAGAUGGGUCACCUCAAUGGUUAACAUGUUUGGCUUGAACGGUUCUGCAACACCUGACAGUCCAGAAAUCGGCUGGUCCGGUAUCGAUGUGCCCGAGGUGGCAAAGCCGUAUCUCUACCCUCUUUCAGCCAUGCGCGACUCGCUUCGCCAACUGGCUCGGUCGAAAGAUGGUCUCACAGCUGAGAAGGUCAAGGAGAUCGCUAACAGCGGUCCGGAAACCGAGCAAGAGGUCCCUGAGGAGGCCAAACCCUACGCUAAUGUCUUGUCGGAUUUCCGUACCAAGCUCUCCUCCCUCGAGAAAUCCGAGAAUAUCGGGAAAGAGGUUUUGAGUCUCUGCGACCGGCUCCGUGACGUCGACCUCUUUGAUCUCGGAGUCUAUCUCGAAGAUCGAGACAAUCUGCCGGCGUUAGUCAGGCCAGUGACCAAGGAGCUGAUUCAGGCACGAGAAGAAAAGGCUGCGCGAGCUCGCCAGAAGCAGAUUGAGAAAGAAAACAGGGAGAAGGAGGCCUUGAAGAAGGCAGAGAAAGGCCGGAUCAGUCACCUGGAGAUGUUCCGGACGGCUGAAUUUAGUGCUUGGGAUGAAGACGGCAUCCCAACUCAUGACGCGGCUGGCGAAGAGAUUAGCAAGAGCCGUGCAAAGAAGCUCCGUAAGGAUUGGGAAAAGCAGAAGAAGUUGCAUGAAGCUUGGUUGGCCAGUAAUAUGGGCGCAAAAUAG